UUGUGUGUGUGAGUGUACCAGCACACACCGAUUACGGCGAUCCACCGAUACCGCGCCGUUAAUAAUCAGCUGUUUACUUAAUCUGGUUUUCGCUCUGCCAUGUUGGUCCAGGUAAUCGUAUCGAUAGUAUCUGUGUAUAUCAUAUCUUGGCUGAUUCAGUAUGGACUACAGUACCGAAAAUGGCUCCAACUGACCUCCAAGAUCAACCCGAUCGGAAAGAUCCAUCCAAUAUGGGGACACUUUGCACUGUUCGACAACAUGCAGGGGUUCUACAAAACUAUUUUCGAGCUUCAGGAAAAAACUGGAGCUAGACUAUACCAUGGCUGGACGAUGUUUUUCUACCCGAGCUUCGGCGUUUGUCACCCGGAAACGGCAAAGGUGCUCCUGAAAUCCUCCGAACCGAAACCCAAACACACGAUGGGAGGAUCCUACAGAUUCCUGUUACCUUGGUUAGGCGAUGGUCUGCUAAUAUCAGGUGGCAAGAAGUGGGAGAGAAACCGUCGUCUGCUGACACCCGCCUUCCAUUUUGACAUUCUCAGACCCUACGUACAAAUCUAUAAUGACGUCGCUGAAGUGUUUUUGGGAAAACUACAGAAAUUCUGCAAGUCACGACAAAGCGUGGAAAUUGACAAACUGGUGUCCCUGGCAACGCUUGACACCAUGUUGAGGUGUUCUCUGUCUUACCACGGUCAGGUGCAGGAGCUGGGAGACAGCAAUCCUUACGUUGAUGCCGUCCAUAGGUUGGUGGAUUUAGCCAUCAAACGGAUGAUAUCACCGUGGGUGCAUCCUGACUUUAUAUAUGGUUUAACGGCCAAUGGCAGAGAGAAUAAAAGACUGACAAAGUAUGUUCACAAUUUCGCUGAUGAAAUUAUUCAGUCCAGGAGAACAGCACUUAGAGAUGAUCCAGAUAUACUGAACAAACGCCGAAAAGAUUUCUUGGACAUUCUUAUCACAGCUAGAGACGAAAACGGCAAAGGUCUGACAGCCGAGGAAAUCCGGGCUGAGGUCGAUACCUUUCUGUUUGAAGGCCACGACACAACAGCUUCUGCCAUUUGCUGGGCCAUAUACUCAUUAGGGAAAUAUCAAGAUCUGCAAGAAAAAGUUUAUCAAGAGCUUAUGCAAGUUCUGGGUGAUCGUCAAAAGCUACAAUGGGAGGAUAUGAGUCGGCUGCGAUACAUGUCGAUGUUUCUGCGAGAAGUGAUGAGGAUGCAUGCCCCAGUACCCGCUAUAGCUCGUCAUCUCACAAAACCCCUCAACAUCGAGGGCGUCGAGAUUCCCGCCAACUUCACGGUGGACAUCGUCGUCCAUGCGGUCAAUCAUCACCCAGAUGUCUGGCCUGACCACAAGGAAUUUAAGCCUGAGAGAUUUGAAGAUGAGGCUAAAUUGUCACGUGAUCCUUACAGUUAUUUUCCUUUCUCUGCAGGAUCUAGAAACUGCAUAGGUCAGAACUUUGCCCUUAAUGAGCAGAAAGUCCUGAUUGGUUCUUUGGUGAAAAGAUUUAAGGUGAGUUUAGUGGAAGGACACGUGUAUGAGGAGUACCCGGAUGUAGUUAUGCGCUCACAGUUCGGCAUCAAGAUCAAUUUAGAAGAGAGGGCGUAAGAACCAUUGCCCUUAUUCCAACUGAGCCUAGUGUUGCAUGUUCUAGCGGGAAACUGUUUGUUAUAAAUGUAUAAAACCCUUAAUACAGAACUUCUAUAUUUUUCGCGUUUUACAGAAAAGAGUUCAACUUGCAAACAACAGAUGUUCGGAAAUGAUUUAGUAAACACGAUUCUAUUCCACUAAACAACUGUGUAUACUUCAAUUUCAUUGUUUAAAGAGACAGUGCGGCGCAUCUUAUUAAA